AUGUCGACGCACACAAUUGAUGUGGAUGAAGUGAAUGAGUAUAAUGACAAUGUGAAUGAGUAUAAUGUCCAUGAUCUUUGCCCGAAUAACUCCAACCUAUUUGCAGCAAAUAGGAAGUUAAGCAUGCAAGCAAAACACACCUUGGAGGUCAACCAUGAUGCUGGAGUUAGGUUAAAUAAGAGUUUCCUUAGCAUUGUCAACGAUGUCGGUGGCUAUGAAAACAUGGACUUUGUCGAGCGGGACGCAAGAAACUACAUUGGCCAACACAGAAGAUCUUUAUGUAAGGAUGGUGAUGGUCAGGCACUCCUACGACAGUUUUCUUCAAUGAAAGAUAGAAAUAACGAGUUCUUCUAUGACAUUGCACUAGAUGAAGGGAAUAAAAUUUGUAGUGUGUUUUGGGCUGAUGCAAGAAGUCGUGCUGCAUGUGAAGAAUUUGGUGAUGUUGUUUCCUUUGACACGACUUACUUAACAAAUAAGUACGACAUGCCAUUUGCGCCUUUUCUUGGAGUUAACCAUCAUGGAAACUCCAUUUUACUUGGUUGUGGAUUGUUGUCUUCGGAAGACACUAUCUCAUUUGUAUGGUUGUUCCAAUGUUGGCUAAGAUGCAUGCGUAAUAAGAGUCCUCAAGGUAUUAUUACUAACCAAUGCAGGGCAAUGGCCAACGCUAUUGAACAAGUGUUUCCUGAUACGAGGCACAGGUGGUGUUUAUGGCACAUCCUGAAGAAGUUGCCUGAAAAAUUCCACGGGUAUAGAAAUAAUCCCGCUAUCAAAAGCGAACUACAUGCGCUUAUAUAUGAUUGUGGUUGUCCACGAGAAUUUGAAAAUGGUUGGGAGGAAGUACUUACCAAACAUGGAUUGGAGCAAAAUGAAUGGCUAUGUAAUUUGUACGAAGAGAGACAUAAAUGA